AUGUCGGUCCUCUGCGGCGCCGAGUGCGUGAUGGUGUUGGGCUGCACGCGCUGGCUCUGGCGGCGCUGCACCCACGUGGGCUCGGACGACUCCGACAGCUGGCCCCUGGCCACCCCCGACGAGUUCGACCCCGUCCCCCGCCUCUGCCGCCUGAUCCUGGCCGUGUACGAGCCCGAUCUCCGCAUCCCCGAGUGCGUGGUGAAGCGCGUGAGCUACGAGCAGACCCUCGGGCGAGCCCCGCCCUACCUGAUCUACCUGGACCACCAGCACCGCGACAUCGUCCUCGCCGUCCGCGGCCUCAAUCUGGUGAAGGAGAGCGACUACGAGCUGUUACUCGACAACAAGCUCGGAAUGCAGAUGUUCGACGGCGGCUACGUCCACCACGGCCUCUUGAAGUCCGCCAUUUGGUUGCUUAACCAGGAAGGCGAGACUCUGAAGCGCCUCUGGCUUGACAACGGUGCUCAUUACAAUAUGGUGUUUGUGGGCCACUCCUUGGGCUCCGGUGUCGUCUCUUUGUUGACUCUCAUUCUGGUCAAUCACAGGGACCUGUUGGGCGGGAUCCCCCGGACCAAGAUUCGCUGCUAUGCUCUUGCUCCCGCGCGCUGUAUGUCCUUGAAUUUGGCUGUCAAGUACGCCGAUGUUAUUCACUCAGUGGUCUUGCAGGACGAUUUCUUGCCCAGAACUGCUACUCCCUUGGAAGAUAUCUUCAAGUCCAUUUUCUGCUUGCCGUGCUUGUUGUUUUUGGUGUGUUUGAGAGAUACAUUCAUACCGGAAGGUAGAAAGCUUAGGGAUCCCAGAAGACUUUAUGCACCUGGUCGAAUCUAUCAUAUUGUAGAGCGCAAAUUUUGCAGAUGUGGGAGGUAUCCUCCAGAGGUCAGAACUGCCAUUCCUGUUGAUGGGAGAUUUGAACAUAUUGUCUUGUCAUGUAAUGCUACAUCAGAUCAUGGAAUUAUCUGGAUAGAAAGGGAAGCACAGAAGGCUCUAGAAAGAAUGAAGGAAAGUAGUUCCGAGACUAUUACAACUGCUCCAAAAGUACAAAAGCUAGAGAGGCUGCAGACGAUUGAAAAGGAACACAAAGAUGCAUUGGAAAGAGCUGUCAGUUUAAAUGUGCCUCAUGCUGUAAAUACCUCUGAGGAAGCCUCUGAGGAUCAAAAACCGGAGGAGGCUCCGCAGAGUGAGGCCGAACAUGUGUCAGAGACAAGGUCAAAGUCCACUAGUGGAAGGACAAACUGGGAUCAUGUGGUUCAGAAGUUAUUUAAGAAAAACGAGUCCGGAGAUAUACAGCUAAAUAGAGAAGCAAAUGCCCUCAACUAGCACCAUUUGUAUUUCAGUUUCAAUAUGGCUUCACUUUGAUAUCAGGUAUUGUGAAUAUCUCAUUCUUAUUUAUUUCUACUGGUUUCAGUAUGUUAGAGUU